AUGAUGAAACGUAACUUCCUCGAUGAGCCAGCACCGGCAAACUACGUCGCUGGUCUCGGUCGCGGUGCUACUGGAUUCACAACACGAUCUGAUAUUGGUCCCGCACGUGAAGGCCCUUCAGAAGAAGCUAUCAAGGCCGCCCUCGCGCGAAGAGCUGAAGCUCUACAGGUUGGACUUUUCGCUGGAGGAGCAUACGACGAAGACGAUGACGAGGCAGAUAGGAUAUAUCAAAGUGUAGAUGAGAAGAUGGAAAAAAGGCGAAAGUCACGAAGGGAAGCACGUGAGAAAGCCGAGCGCGAAGAAUACGAGCGUAAGAAUCCAAAAAUUCAGCACCAAUUCGCUGAUUUGAAGAGAGGACUGGAAACCCUCACCGACGACGAUUGGGCGAGCUUACCAGAAGUGGGGGAUCUUACGGGGAGGAAUAGAAGGGCGAGACAAGCCAUGCGACAAAAGUUUUACCCGACCCCGGAUUCGGUGUUGGUCAAUGCUGCCGGCUCACAGUUCGAGACUUCUGUCCAGGAUGAGGGCACCUCUACGGUUUCCGCCGAUACGGCGGAUGGGACUAUGACGAACUUUGUGGAUAUUGGGAAGGCGAAGACAAAGGUGCUAGAGGCAAGGCUGGAUAGAUCUGGGGGUGAUUCGGUGACCGGUGCUACGAACAUUGACCCAAAAGGCUACCUCACCUCGCUCAACCGGAGUACCACUCAAACUGCAGAGCAGGUCGGCGAUAUCAAGCGCGUCAGAGAGCUAUUACAGAGUGUCAUUAAGACGAAUCCCAAACACGGACCCGGUUGGAUCGCAGCCGCUCGUCUUGAAGAAGUAGCUGGUAAAAUGGUCCAAGCCCGAAGUCUUAUCGCCCAAGGUUGCGAGCAUUGUCCGAAGAACGAAGACGUAUGGUUAGAAGCAAUGCGUCUAAACGAACCUGCAAACGCCAAAAUCAUAGUAGCAGACGCGGUCCGACACAACCCCAAAUCCGUUAAGCUAUGGGUGGAGGCAAUGGAGCUUGAGGCAGAACUGCGGGCAAAGAAGAGAGUUCUCAGAAAAGCUCUCGACAUCAUCCCCCAUUCAGUUGUCCUCUGGAAAGAAGCCGUAAAACUCGAGGAAGAUCCGUCAGACGCCAAAAUCCUCCUUGCCAGAGCCGUCGAACUCGUCCCCUUGAGCAUAGAACUCUGGCUGGCCCUAGCGCGCCUAGAGACCUUCGAAAACGCACAAGCAGUCCUCAACAAAGCCCGCAAGGCCAUCCCCACAAGUCCGGAAAUCUGGAUCGCUGCAGCAAGACUCCAAGAGCAGCAAGGAAACGCUAAUAAGGUCAACGUCAUGAAACGCGCUGUCCAAGCUCUCGCCCGAGUAGAAGCAAUGCCCACACGUGAAGACUGGAUCAAAGAAGCCGAAAAAUGCGAAGAAGAAGGCGCGGUCGAGACCUGCCAAGCUAUCAUCCGGGAAACCCUUGGCUGGCAACUGGAAGCAGACGAUGACAGGAAGAAGAUCUGGAUGGACGAUGCUGAAGCUUCUAUCUCUAGAGCAAAGUACGAAACCGCUAGAGCGAUAUAUGCGUACGCUUUAAGAGAGUUCCUGGUGAAGAAGAGCAUCUGGCGCGCAGCCGCGGAUCUUGAAAAAAACCACGGCACGAAAGAAGCUCUCUGGAACGUCCUCGAAAAAGCUGUUGAAGCCUGUCCGCAGAGUGAAGUUUUAUGGAUGAUGCUCGCCAAAGAGAAAUGGCAAGCGGGGGAUAUUGACGGCGCAAGAAUUGUCCUUGGAAAAGCAUUCAACCAAAACCCCAAUAACGAAGACAUCUGGCUUGCUGCUGUCAAGCUUGAAGCAGAAAACACCCAGCACGCCGCCGCCCGGGAACUCCUUGCUACUGCCAGACGCGAGGCGGGCACGGAUAGGGUGUGGAUCAAAUCUGUCGCCUUCGAACGCCAGCAGGGGAACACCGACGCUGCUCUGGAUUUGGAAAAAGCCGGCGUCCUCGUCCGCGCCCGCUCAGUCCUCGACCGUGCCCGCCUUGCAGUGCCCAAAUCCGCGCAACUCUGGUGUGAGAGCGUCCGCGUCGAGCGGCGCGCGAACAACAUCUCUCAGGCCAAGACCCUCAUGGCGAAAGCCCUGCAGGAAUGCCCACACUCCGGCCUCCUCUGGGCAGAAUCAAUCUGGUACCUCGAACAGCGCACGCAUCGCCGCCCGCGUCUCGUCGAGGCCAUCGAGAAAGUCGGUAACGACCCCUUACUGUACGUCGCCGUCGCGCGGAACUUUUGGGUGGAGAGGAAGUUGCCCAAGGCGAUUAAUUGGUUUGAAAAGGCUAUCCUGGUAGACCCGGACUACGGUGAUACGUGGGCGUGGUACUGGAAGUUCCUAAGCAUGCACGGGACUGAAGAGAAGCGGGGCGACGUGCUCAAUAAGUUGAGUAUUACCGAACCACGGCACGGAGAGGUGUGGCAGAGGGUUGCGAAGCAUCCUGGUGCGAGGUAUAGGAAUUCGGAGGAGGUUCUGGAGGCGGUCGUUAAGGAAUUGGAAUAGUUUGUCGUCUUAUAGACCAAUGUCGUGAAAUUGUGGCUCUUUUAGUUUUGCUAAUGGAGGAGAAGGAGGGGCAUUUGUAUGAUAGUGUGGGGUAGUGCUUACGAAACGAUAAUGACAUUCCCUUAGUUCUUCCGCGA